AUGGAAACCAGUGGUGGCAGUGAUGAGGGCGCGGGGAGGCAGCAGGUGGCACAGCUGCAGCUUGGAGCCCGUGGGACGCCGGGGCGCUCAAGGGAGGGGACCAGGGGAGGCGGUGGCCUGGGCGCGAGCUUCACGGCGCUGUUGGGUGGCCAGGCCUGCCCGAGGAAGCAGGCCCCCAGGCAGGCUGACUUCAAGCUGCAGAUCAUCAUCAUGGGCUCCCGCGGCAUGGGCAAGACCAGCCUGAUGGAGCGCUUCAGCGAUGAUACCUUCUGCGAGGCCUUCCGCGAAGCCUGCAAGUCCACCGUGGGUGUUGACUUUAAAAUCAAAACUGUAGAGCUGAGAGGAAAGAAAAUUAGAUUACAGAUCUGGGACACAGAGGGUCAGGAGAGAUUCAACAGCACUACCUCAGCUUAUUACAGCAGUGCCAAGAGGAUCAUAUUAGUACGUGAUAUCACAAAGGAAACAUUUGAUGAUUUGCCAAAAUGGAUGAACAUGAUUGAUAAAUAUGCUUCAGAAAAUGCAGAACUUCUCUUACUUGGAAAUAAGUUGGACUGUGAAAUGGACAAAGAAAUCACCAGACAGCAGGGUAAAAAGUUUGCACAGCAGAUAACAGGCAUGCCAUUUUGUGAAGCAUGUGCUCUCCAAGCCCUGCCUCCCUGA